AUGGAAAACGUACCCUCAAAAGUCGCUUCCAAAGCGCAUGUGUAUGGUAAACUCAGAGAGCUUCCAUUCACUGGUAUUUUGAGCAAAAAGAAGUUUAAUUCUUUAAGAGAAGAAACAUUGCAGUCAAUCAAUUCCAACAAGACGUUUGCUCCAGGUAAAAAAAAACUAGCCAAGCUUACUCCUCAACAAGUAUCAGUAGUUCAAAAUUUUAUUGAUACAGUUAAAACAAGAGUACAAGAUGGCACGUUCACUCCUGCUAAAUACACUGACAAAAGAGGAUGUCGCUUUUUUUCCAUUGCGCCUAUAUAUUCCGUUCAGACAAAAUCAAUCCAAAUUGAUGCUCAGGCUUUUUGGAGACUGGUGAAACAAUGUGGCAUACCAAAUUACCCGAAGGGGAAGAAAACCGAGUCUGACUUGACUGAUUUUUACUACCAUUUGUUCAAUUUUACAAAAUUGGGAUUUCGUACUAGAGACAGUCUUACGAGUGGGAAGAAGUUUAGAUACAUCUGGAAGGCAAAGGGCAACAAUUUGGACGAGUAUUAUCAUCUGUGUUGCUAUAAUGAUGCAAAUUUUAUACGAAAGAAGCAUCAAGAACAACACACGGCUCAGUUUUUGAAAAUUUCUAAUUUAAGAUCACUGAAGACAUCAAAUAUCACAGAGUUUGCAAAAGCCUGA